ACAAAAUCAACGAGACAACGUCAGCGACAGCAGAGGAAGAAGCAGCGCCUUCGCGUAGUACGCGCUUGUUUGUUUGUUUGUUUACAUUUUCUACAAGAAUACAAAGUAUUAUUAACAAAAUGUGUAAAUGAGUGUGAAAGGAUAUAAGUUGUAUUGUUACAUGAGCAAAAAUCGAACGGACAAUUUGUUCUCGAUUCAGCCCAUUGCAUAUAGAGGCAAUUGAUUUUUACAUAAUUUCCAAACGAUGGCGGCUAUGCGCUGACCAUCGUAGAUUUUAAUUGUUUUGUUUUGUGCGUGAGUUUUUCGAUGUGUACCACAUACACUGGAGUUAUAAAAAAUAUUGUUGCUGAACGAGUUCUUGCGAACGUGACGAAUCCGCUGCGUGAGAUUGAGUUAUUUGGAGGUGGCGAAGGAGAUAUAGACAUGGCGAAUAUGAAGUUGGAGCUGAAACUGGACGCGCACAAUGCUCUGCAAAAUCAGUUUGUAUCCCUCGACAUCGAUAAUAACCGUACAAAAGCGGAUCAUGGAAAUAAGAAGGGAAGUCAAACGGGCGCCUACAUAACACGGGCCAAAAUGAAUCCUGCCAAGAGUGAUAAUGAAAAACGCCGACGCAAAGAUGCAAUGCGAAAGAUAUCAAACAUCUUCAAGAAAUGUGAAUCGUUGUUGACUGCUGAGGAACGACAAUUGUGCGAAAAAUAUCCUGAUAUUGUUAAACAAAUAAAAAAAAGAAAAGAACGAGUUGAAAUUUACAAAGACCGCAUUAUUGAAAAGGAAGAUGAACCGCAUGUCAUCGAGGCAAAGGUAGAAGAGUUGGCUGCGAUAAUUUCACAAUCGAAGCACCUGAUUUGCUAUACGGGCGCAGGCAUCAGCACAUCGGCUUUAAUACCUGAUUAUCGCGGCAGCAAAGGUAUUUGGACGUUACUGCAAAAAGGCGAAGACAUUGGCGAACAUGAUUUGUCAGCAGCAAAUCCCACGUACACACAUAUGGCUCUCUACGAAUUACAUCGACGACGACUUUUACGUUAUGUUGUUUCACAAAACUGCGAUGGAUUGCAUUUGCGUUCUGGAUUACCGCGUGCUUCACUUUCCGAAAUACAUGGUAACAUGUACAUGGAGGUGUGCAAGCAUUGUAAACCAGGACCAGCGGUGUAUUGGCGGCUAUUUGACACCACCGAAAUGACGGCGCGUCACAGCCACAAAACGAAUCGUCUUUGCCAUCGUUGCUCCGAACCGCUCUACGAUACUAUUGUACAUUUUGGUGAGCGUGGCAAUCUCAAAUGGCCGUUGAAUUGGGCUGGCGCUUGUCACCAUGCGGAGAAAGGCGAUGUUAUAUUGUGCUUGGGAUCCAGUUUGAAGGUUUUGAAAAAGUACACAUGGUUGUGGCAAAUGGAUCGUCCAGCAAAACAACGAGCAAAAAUUUGUAUUGUUAACUUGCAAUGGACACCUAAAGAUAGUAUUGCCUCAAUAAAAAUAAAUGGAAAAUGUGAUCGCGUUAUGGAAAUGUUGAUGCGUGCGCUAAACAUAAGCGUGCCGAUAUAUACAAAGGAGAAGGACCCUAUAUUUGCGCACGCGUCGCUGCUUAUGCCCGAGGAGUUGCACACACUAACACAACCGCUGCUAAAGCGAGCCGGCGAAGAUGCAGAUAAAGAUACUGAGACUGCCGAGGAUGAGCAUGACACAUGCACCAGCGCAACCGAGGAAACGCUUGAUUCGAUUAUGUCAGGGGAUAGCGGCACCGAUUUGCCAAUAGGUAAAGGUCCUCGAAUACGUACACCAUUGAAAAACAGUACGCGUAUCAAAACCAAUCUUGAACUGAAAUAUAAGAUGCCGCGUUUGGACAGUCGUGCACAGAGUUGUGAGGAUGAUUCUAAGAGUGAAAAAAAUGAAAAGAUUUCUGAAGUGGCAAGGAAGACUGUGGAAGAUAUCAGUAACGCCAACCUGCCAGAGAACAAAACAACCGCAUAUGACAUACUCCUAAGUAUAAAAGAAGAGGACCGUGAGCCGAAAACGAAUGCUGCCACACAACCUGAUCUAAUGGAAACAGGCGAAAAUAUUUUAAAAAACAUAUCUCAAGAAGGGCAGCCGAAAAUAGAGAGCAUUAAACAAGAGGAAAUCAAUACAAAUAUAAGUGAAUCGAAAUCAGAUGACCAGACUGUAGAUACAUCGACUGCUUCUAUUAAAGUAGAGCUCAACCCCGAAACUAAUAGUGUACUCUCUGAUAUAAUAACUAAUUCUAAAGAUGUAGAAAUGAAAAUAGAACCUAAUAUAAAAUCGGAGUCAACCGCUGGUGGUUCCAUGCCAAUACAGCCAAAAGCAGUGACGCUUUUCACGGAGUCUGUGCCGAAAAUAGAAGAUGAUGCAACGGAAGCCAAGCGAAACCCCACUCCAAGCUUAACCAACACCAAAAAGGAGUUGGAGAAUUUGAACUCUCCUAAAACGGAAAGCAUACAAGUAAAAAUAGAAACUGCAAUUGAGGUUAAAUCAGAAAUCCCCCUUGAAAUGCCGGCAUUGGUGCCUAUCAGGCAGACUGCAGCAGUGACUAACAAACCAAUUAAUGACGAGAUUAAAUCAAAUGAUACACCCACUUCCGAUCUAUUCAAAACGUUGCAGGCCACAGAGUUUGCGCUCAACUCUGAUGAAGAAGAGGCAAGUUGUGAAAAUGUAGUUGCCCAAAUGGACAUACUGAAACUGGCAAGGAAGAGCACAGUUAAUAGUAGUGGCAUCAAAAAUAUCACACAACAGUAUUGGCUACUGCGCAAGUUGCCCUGUUGGUACGAUGUCAAGUAUGCAUACUCUGGUCUGCAUAGUAUAGUGUAUCCGCCGCCAGCCGACCUGAAUAUUUGGAACUAUCAAGUAGUACCGAUAUUUGCUUUGAAUCGGGCGGCGGCCGAGUGUGAAUUCUGCUUUAAUAACUAUGCGGAAUUUGAGUGUCAGUUCUACCGGAAGUGGCACCUUAACGAACGCAAGCAUAAGAAACGCGCACGCAACGGACGUUUUGUGGUGUGUGAGUGUUGCUCGUAUUCAGAUGAGGAUGAUGAUGAUUACGAUGAGAACAUCUCAUUGGCACAUAUAGCCGCGGCAGAGGCGGCAAAGCGACAGCUGCAGUUAAACAACACUUUCCCGAGAAAAUUGGCGCGCACGCAAGCGGGCUGGUACGGCAAGGGCUAUCGCAAGGCAAGGCGACGUAAAUAAUACCGUGUACUGUAACUUUUUUACUUCAUUAUGUUUUUGGAGAGAGGAGAGGAUAAGUGACUGUCACACUGGCAGCUGUGACUGUCCUUGGUCACUACAAAUUUUUUGAGUAUUUAAAACCUUUUACCUGUACAAGUUUUUCUAUUUUAGUUUAAAAGCUUUUGAUGCAUUUAUUUUUUUUUGUUUCUGAUAUUGUCUACAUUGCUUGCAGUGUUGUAGGUAUUCUUUUAUUAAAAUAGUUUGGGAUGUUAAGACCGUAAAUUUUCGUUGAUUAAAAUUGUACGAACAUAUUAAGUAACUGAAAUGCUAAAAUGUACGUUGUAAUGUACUGAAAUUUUUUUAUAAAACGAGAUUAAUAACACUUAUUAUAUAAAAAUGUCCGCAUUUAAGAUAAAAAGUAUUUGCAUUACAAACUUACAAGAUUAAAUUGAGUUUUAUUAUGUAAGUAGAAUUAAUAUUGACAAGUCUUUCACAACAAUGAGAUAUACAUGUGUAUGUAGCUUAAAAUUGAAAAUGUCAUUAUUAAAAACUGGUAAGAAAUCAAUAAAAAAAAAUUAAACAAACUAAAUCCUGGUAUGAACAUUCCCAAAUAUGUACAUACAUACAUAAGGCUAUUUCUAGUCAUAUAAGAACAUAUCGUCGUUUCAAAACGUCGGUAUGUCAGGGUGCUCAAAUUUUAUGGGAGAGAAGAAAACUAGUCUUAUUUUUUUUUCUCCAAUUAUCUCUUCUUCUAUGUCUAAGUAUCGAUAUUUUAGUUUGAGUGGAUAAGGAUUUGAUGACAGGAGCUUCUAGUGAGCAAAUAUCUUUUUUGGCAAAAAAUUCAGUUACGGAGUUUUGCAGAGCCACGAUACGCGGUUUUGGACUUUAAAUGACGAUACGUGGUCGGCGGGGACCAGUAGGACGCAGUGGAUGAAGCUCCAGACGACUGAAAAUACAGCACUCCAGACGGCGACCGGAUGUAUUCUGAUGUCGCCAGAAGAACACGAGGAGAAAAUGCUCCCCAUAAAGGAGCACAACACAAUGCUCUGCAAGCAAUUCCUAGUAGGGAGCCACAGACGUAGACACCCGAGGAUCCCUCGCCAAGGCAUGCCAGAAGGCAUCUAUACGAACUGACGCACGAAGUCCAGAGGUUCAUAAAGCAACCCCUGGACCCGACAGCAUAUCGACAGGCCCUGAGCAGCAUUUACAAGGAGUCGCUCUCAAGUUACGUACUCCAGACCUGUGAAUGCCGUUCUGGGCACACAACAAUCUGACGUGGACGAGACGGAGCUUCGUCUACCUCGGGAGCACAAUAGCCCAGUUUCGCUCUGGCUAUUGCAGUAGGUUGAACUCAUACCUCAGCAGACUAGAUCCAGAUGUGUCCAAUGAGUGUCCGGCAUGUGGAGUGAUCCCACAAAUCAUAUUCAUUCCCACGACACGGUUCUACGUACCGGAAUGAUUCGGAUUUACCUGAUUAAGGGCUGUUGUUUCGGCGAUCUAACCCCGUUAAGGUCGGUGAAAUAUCUCACACGUUGUUCGUUCUUAGGGCUAUAUCCGCUACGUACUCUUCUGCUCUGGGCUGGCAUCGAGUCAAACCCUGGGCCUGAAACUUACACCUGCUGUGUAUGCCAGAGAAGACUACCACAACUCCACCUCAGUCAAGUGCAAUGCUUGCAACGGGUAGAGUCACCUGGGAGUCUGCUCAGGACUAUGGACAUAUCGACAGAGGACCACAUCAUUUGUAGCCUCCUGCUGCUGAAACACAACAGCCUCCACGGUAAACCCCAGUCCGCCUGAGUAGCUCAACACAAAUACCACAGCACCACAAUACAACACAAUAGACCAAACCACGACAGACCAUACAACAGACACGACCGCAUCACUACCCAUACGCCGCCGCCAACAACUCCUGGUUCCUCCAACAAUCUGCACGGUGUGUCAGACCAGAAUAUUCCGUAAUGUGACAUCAGUCACGUGCAACACCUGACUUGGUUGGUGUCACUUCAGGGCAUGUUCAGAUCUGCGCACCACGCAAGGAACUUUGAGGGCCCGUGUUGCGCUGCAGGAUCGCAAGCCCCAAUUGCGAGCUACCAACUGCCACCACUGGGCGGCACCUCCCACAGCAGCGCACACAGCCUAUGCAGACAUCAACCGCAGGGAUACCAUCCUAGAAUGUCAGGGCAUUGCU